GUAAAAUACUGGAUUGACGCUUUCAUUCCAGAAACGAUCAAAAUGGACAAAAACGCUAUAUCAUCCCACACUUAGACAAAUUAGGGCAUCUGGUUCAUUUCCCUCGUUCGCUUCUCACAGUCGCCCGCGAUCCGAUUUCCUGUAGCUGCCGACGACGACGCGCGAGGUGAAAUCGAUCCGUCCCUGGGAUCUACUCCGGCGCACCUCACCCAGAAAACUCGAUCGAGUUUCCUUCCUCUGAACCUGCAGGACGACGAGCAUUGUGAAAUCAACGGAAACGAGGGAUCUACUCCGGCAUCUAGAUGGAUAGGAGUUGGAUAGACGAUGCGAACCAUAUCUCCGCUCAAUAUUUGGACGGGGUCAGGGCUUUCUUAGAUUUCGCAUUUAAAGAUCGUAGCUCUGAAUCUUGCAUCUAUUGCCCCUGUACAUCUUGCGGAAAUCGCUUAACAAAAUCUCGUAGAGAUGUCUUGCUCCAUUGUAUUCGUUAUGGAUUCGACCAAACCUACAAGGUUUGGACUUGCCACGGAGAAGGAGAGGUGAACCCUGCUGUUGCAAACGACAAUAUGCCAAUGCGUUGGGAGGAGGAACUAGAACUUCUAUUGCGAGAGUGUGCAUAUACAGAGCACACCGAUCCGGGGCCCAGUGGAAAUGAACCUCAUAGGGAUGACGAAAAUGAACAUAUACAUCAUGGCAGUAAGGGGUAUAGAAAGAUGUUAGAAGAUGUAGAGAAAGAGCUCAUACCAGGGUGCAAGAAGAUGAGUAGACUCUCGUUUAUCGCACGGCUUUUGCACUUGAAGGUUUUGUGCCACUGGUCUAAUAAUUCUAUUGAUUUGCUGUUAGAGCUGUUACGGGAUGCACUUCCAGACGAUGUUGUCCUUCCGAAGAACUUCUAUGAGGCUAAUAAGCUGACCAAGGACUUGGGGUUCACAUGCAAGACUAUCCAUGCGUGCAUCAACAAUUGCAUGUUGUUUACCGGGGAAGAUGUUGACCGUGAGGUUUGUGUUGUGUGUGGGGAAAAGCGAUUUACACAGGGUAAAGAUAGAUCUCCAGUGAAGAAGUUAAGGUACUUUCCAUUAAUUCCGCGAUUGCAGCGAUGGUACGUAUCUUCCAAAACUGCAUCUUCUAUGAGAUGGCAUGCCGAAGGGCGUGUAGACGAUGGCAAGAUGCGUCAUCCAGCAGAUAGUCCUGCGUGGAAGAGUUUCGAUCAUCGGUACCCGACGUUCUCUGAGGAGAUUCGCAACGUACGCCUCGGUCUGGCCACUGACGGUUUCAACCCUUUUGGGAAUAUGAGUGUGAGUUAUAGUAUUUGGCCCGUCGUACUUGUGAUAUAUAACCUACCUCCGUGGCUGUGCAUGAAGCAACCAUCGUUCAUCCUCUCUACGAUUAUAGACGGCCCGCAUGGCCCGGGGGAUCGGAUUGAUGUCUUCCUUCAACCUUUGAUCGAUGAGCUUAAGGAGCUUUGGUAUGAUGGUGUUCGGACGUACGAUGCGAGUACUAAGGAGGAUUUCCAGAUGCGAGCUGCAUUGCUGUGGACUAUUAGUGAUUUUCCCGGUUACGGUAUGUUGUCAGGGUGGCCGACUCGUGGGGCGAAUGCAUGCCCUGUUUGUGGUUUAAAAACUCAUUCCAGAUACCUGAAAAAUGGACAUAAGUAUAGCUAUUGCGGGCAUCGACGGUUCCUGCCGGCUGGGCAUAGAAUGCGCUUUGAUAAACAUGCAUUUGACGGUUCGAUGAGCUUUGACGGAAAGCCUUCUCGCUUGACCGGCGCUGAACUUCUGCAGCAGCUUCAGGAUAUGCCUACUGAGUAUCGUACGGUUGACUUGAUUGAGAAACGCAUUGCACAGGGGUCUCGCAAGCGUCGCCGGGGGGUGGACGGGCAGCAACAGGUGUGGAAAAAAAAGAGCAUAUUCUUUCAGCUCCCUUAUUGGUCUGAGAAUGAGGUACGUCACAACCUCGACUUGAUGCACAUUGAAAAGAAUGUGUGUGAGAAUGUACUUUGA